AUGGGUGCACCACUCCUCGUCGCCGUCACGCUGCUCAGCGGCGUUUGGGCUGAGGAAGACCGAAUGCUCUUCGCCCUGGUGAUGAUCUUCCUGCCGAUCCCAAUAUUCGUCUGGGCCGAGCGGCGCUGGGGCCGAAGCGACUGGAAGCUCAAACCAUCCGAACUGGCUGAGGAUGGCUUUUGGCUUGCGAUGGGUGCGUUCCUCUGGGCGCCGUUGAUAACCGACAUGUAUCGCACGCCGCUCUCCGAGGGUUUCAGCGCUAUCCGUGAUCGGACCUUCCUGGAACUCAGUGUCGAGCCGACCACUGUCCUCGGUCUGUUUGGUGCGGUCAUCUUUAUACGCAUUUGUACGGCUUUUCCUUAUUACUGGCUGCACCGUGUGCAGCACGAGGUACUGUUCUGGUGGCGCAUGCACGCAACGCAUCACCACAUAACGAAAAUGAGUUUCCUUCGAGGCGACCGCACGCAUCCGCUUGAAUACCUGGCGCUUUCGCUGGGUCGGGUGAUGGUUCUGGCGUUCAUCGGCGCGAGCGACGAGGUGAUUGCAGUUUCUGUAGCAUUUGGCAUGUGGAACGGUAAGUUCAAUCACUCGAACCUGCCGCUUAAGUCUCUACCUGUCUACGACUGGGUUUUCGCGACUGCGCCUCAGCAUCACGUGCACCAUUCGCUGAACCGCCGGCAGAGCGACUCGAAUUAUGGUUGUUACAUUAUCCUCUGGGACCGCGUCUUUGGUACCUACUGCGGCGAUAAGACAAGCGAUGUCAAACAGACCGGUGCCGGAAAGGCUGUGCCGCUAUCGAUAAAGGAACAGCUGAUGCUGGCCUUCUACCCAAACAAGCGCCUGGUUGACCUGCGAUGGGACACCAUCAUCACCUGGCUUAUGUGGGGUGGCUGGGGUGUCGCCAUGAUCAUGCAUUUCCUGGAUGAAAACGAAAUGCUUGACCAUAUCGCAAGCUAUGCCCUGACGCGCGUAGACGGAGCAAGAAUGGCUGACACCGUAAACGAUUUUCGCUAUCGAGCGUUCAUCAGCUACAGCCACCAGGAUCGUGCCUGGGCACGCUGGCUGUUUCGUCGUCUCGAACGUUACCGCACACCAAAACAUAUUCUUGGUCAAACUGGACGCUUUGGCCCGGUUUCAGAACGCCUGGCGCCGAUAUUCAGAGACCGCGAUGAACUGGCCUCUGGAACCGAUCUAACCACCACGAUUCGCGACGCGCUAGCACAAUCAGCCGCUCUUAUAGUGAUCGCUUCGCCCGCAGCAGCUCAAUCGCGCUGGGUAAAUCAGGAGAUAAUCGAAUUCAUACGCAUCCACGGCGAAGGCUGCGUCUUUGUUUUAAUUGUUUCAGGUGAUCCAAAAGCAGACGGUCUGGCCCAGUGUUACGCACCCGCCUUGCGCUAUCGCGUCAACCCGGAUGGUGAGCUAACAGACGAACGGGUUGAUCUCAUUGCUGCUGAUGCUCGUGGCAUCGGAGAUGGUCGCAAACGCGCCCUGCUCAAACUGAUUGCAGGAUUGCUGGGGGUCGAUUACGACCUACUCAUACGCCGCGAGAAUCAACGGCGCUAUCGUCGCAUGGCUGUCAUCACCACGUUCUCGAUCAUUGGCAUGGGGUUUUCGCUGACGCUUGCUACAAUCGCAUAUCUCGCAAGUCAGGAUGCUGAACAACGGCGCCAGCAAGCAGAAAACCUGCUCGAGUUUAUGGUUGGAGAUCUACGCGAAAGCCUCGAACCCCUGGGCCAACUACACGUCCUCGAAGACGUCGCUGACCAAGCUAUGGAUUAUUUCAGUAAGGUCCAAGACAGCGAUAUGACAACGCUGGGCCUGGCUCAACGCGCCCGUGUCUUAACCCAUGUCGGGUCGAUUCGAUUACAGCAGCUGCAAUACGACGGCGCUGUGGACGCAUUCCAAGAAGCCUACCAACGUGCUGCUGAACUGGUUGAACUCGAUGGAACAGACCCGCAGCUGCUGUUUCAGAGAGGACAGGCAGAAUACUGGGUCGGCUUCGCCAAUUGGGAGCAGGGUAACUUCAGUGCGACCAGGGACUGGUGGCAGCGUUACCUGGCAACCAGUGAAGGGCUCCUGGCGUUUGCUCCCUCCAACCCCGACUGGUUACGCGAGGUCGGCUAUGGCCACCACAACAUGGGUGCUCUGGCGGUUAGAACCCGCGACCUGGUGUUAGCUCGUACCUCAUUUGAACGCGAACUGGCACUGCUGGAAGAACUGGAAAAACAGGACUCCGCCCCCCUCCAGUUCGGACCCGAUAUCGCGGAUGUACAAGCAUGGCUGGGAGAUAUCGCGAUCCUGGACGGAAAACGCUUUGAAGCACUGGACCACUACCAACAGAGCCGGACGCUCUGGGAAGACCUUCUGGCGAUCGCACCGAAUCAUGCCGGCUUUAAAUUCAGAGUGUCAUCGGCACUGAUGAAGGAAUAUACAACCGCGCUGCGCACGAUCAGCGCCGAUCCAAAAGAACAUCAGUUAGCGCAAGCUCUGGCCCUGCGCAAAGAAUUGUCAGAAGCAGACCGAGACAACAAACGGCACCAGAAAGAUUUUAUCAAAACUGAAUUGCUGGUCCUGGAACUUGGCAUGGCGCGCCAGUUGGAAAAUCCGAACCGCCAGGCAGAGCUUCUGUCCCACGCAGCAACAUUGACACGACUACAUGCCCAGGAGUCUGGUGACUGGAGUACCCGCCAGGCUCUGAUCGAUACCCAUCGAAUGAUCGCUUUAGAAGCGGAUUCACUGGGCCAACAGAGUCAGGCUAAUGAAUCGAUGGCCAAGGGUCUGGCACUGAUCGAUGAACUCUCAGACGAGGUCGCGGUUGCCGGCGUGAUGCCGAUCAGCAUCGCUCAUGCGCUGUUGGCGUUUGAGCAACUGGGUCAUCAUAGCGCUUAUCAGGAUAACGUUGUCCGGACUGUCACCGCAGAUCAAGUCAUCGCCUUUCUUACACCCUUGGCCGGUGCUACAAAACAACAUCAACUGCAGGAACUCUGGGUUCGCGCUCUGACUCGCGUCGGUCGCACAAAUGAAGCGCUGGCGCGCCGCAACGAAAUUACCAACGCAGGGUAUAAACCGUUGCACCCAUGGUCCGUAAGCUUAUCGACUGAUACCUAG